AGCAGCAAUGGAAAGUGGGAAUUAUAUAAAUAUUGCAAAAGAAAGAAUCUCACCUUCCUCAUCACUUAAGAAGCUAGCUACCUCACGCCUUCCCCUUUAAAUUCACUUGCUCUCUCUGACCAUCACUACACACGAGACAAACUUCAACAGUAAGACAGAAACGCAAGAAAAAAUGCAGAAGAACCGGUGGAUUGAGUUUCUCUUGCUCUGUGCCUUUCUCUUGCGGUUUUCUCCCAUGGCGUCGUCGUCGGACCGGAGCGGAGAGCUCGGCGGGGAGAAGAACUUCGAGGGCUCGUCGGAUCUUGUGGACCUUCAGUACCACAUGGGUCCUGUCCUUGCAUCUCCCAUCAAUCUUUACAUCAUAUGGUAUGGCCGUUGGAACCAGAACCAGCAAGCCACCAUAAGAGAUUUCAUCUAUUCUCUAUCCGCUCCGUCGUCCUCCGCCUCUUAUCCUUCGGUCGCCGACUGGUGGCGCACCGUCCGGCUCUACACCGACCAGACCGGGUCCAACAUCACCGGAAACAUCGUCCUCUCCGGGGAGUUCUACGACUACAAAUACUCCCACGGAGGUUACCUCAGCCGCUUGGACAUCCAGUCCGUCAUCAAAAACUCUGUCACCGCUUCGGAUCCACAUGCUCUGCCGCUCAAUCCUCACGAUGGCCUCUACUUAGUCCUCACCUCCUCUGAUGUCCAAGUCCAGGAUUUCUGCCGUGCCGUGUGCGGGUUCCACUACUUCACAUUCCCCACGAUCGUCGGUGUCACCGUUCCUUACGCGUGGAUCGGCUACAGCGGGACACAGUGCCCAGGGAUCUGCGCUUACCCGUUCGCCUGGCCAAAUUACUCGGGCAGGCCACCACCAGGCACGAACGGGGGCCACGACAUAAUGAAGCCACCGAACGGCGACGUGGGGGCAGACGGAAUGAUCAGCAUAAUCGCCCACGAGCUCGCCGAGGUCUCGAGCAACCCGCUCGUGAAUGCGUGGUACGCAGGGGACGACCCCACAGCACCAACCGAGAUCGCCGACCUGUGCCUGGGGAUGUACGGGAGUGGUGCGGGAGGAGGGUAUGUGGGGGCGGUGAACAAGGACGCAUGGGGGAGCGGGUUCAACUUGAAUGGAGUGAAGGGGAGGAAGUACCUGGUGCAGUGGGUGUGGAACCCCGCGAGGAGGAGAUGCUACGGCCCCAAUGCUCUCGACUGAGGAGGUGGGACUCGUGGAGACGGGUUACAUGAUGACUACCUGAAUGAGUUCCGACUCCUGGAUCCCGAUGUCUAGCGACCGGCGCCGGCUUGUGGAGACCGUGCCGCCGGAUCAGAACGAGGCUCUGUCCGGCACGCCUCGUGACGGCAGCUCAAUGAUGUUCCCUGUCUCUGCUUCUUUCGACAGUGAGGAUCCCCGAAAACAGGCUUUUGGAGCAUCAUCCUCCUGCAGCACAAGAACUCAGUAGUGCAGUUUUCUAUCUACUGCUUCCAUUGUAAUCAUUCAUUUCCCGUUGCUUGCUGUAACUCCACUAGUUUCCUAUUUGUGAAGUAAAUAUUAACGUUAACUGAGCUUUACUAAGCCAGUGACGAGCUUUACCA